UUUAACGCUUUCGCUGUCAAUUUCAGUUCACCCAUAUGCUCACAUAUGCUCCUCUCGUAGGAUAUAUAUUCUCACUACACUAGCUAAAGUGCACGCACCCACACUGUUUUUUAUAUAGCAUCAUGGUAGGCUACUGUCCGAUCUGUGGGAAGCCCGUCUACUUUGGUGAAAAGAAGAGGUCCUUAGGGAGGGACUACCACCCUCUGUGUCUCAAGUGUCAAAAGUGCAACAGACAGCUCACAGCUGGACAACAUGCUGAGUAUGAUGAGAAGCCAUACUGUUCACACUGCUACCUGAAGAUGUUUGGUCCAAGAGGAAACAGGUGACUGGUGUCGCCAUGGCACAGUGCAGCUCCUUCACAGACACCAGACUGAGCCAACAAGGACAAACGCUGACAUACAAAAGACAUGCCGAGCCUGUUUAUUGGCAUGAUAGACAGAUAUCUAACAGUCCACCCGCUUUAGUUGACUAUCAUAUAUACUCCACAAAAUGAUGUAUUUAUAAAUGUGAUGACCACUUGAUGCCAUGUGUAUGUGAUUGUUCACUUUUAUAAUUUAAUUAAUGUUACAUGCAAAUUGUAAGUCAGUAUUAAUAAAUGCAUUUUUUUUUUUAAACAUGC